UUUUUUUUUUUUUUUUUGUUAAUUACUUUGUUUUUUUUAUUAUUAUGUGUAAUGGUGGAAGUGAAAAACAAGGUCCAAAAUGGAAACGUGAAUAUGUUCAAGACCACAAGUUUGAUUAUAUUGAUAUGGACGAAUUCUAUGAUCCUUCUUGCACAACAAAAAUUGGUUACCUUUCUAUCUUUUUAGUGAUCUUCAAAUCAUUCUUAGUAUAUAUCGCGGAUUUAUGGACUGGAGUAUCAUUAUUGAUGGUUGGUCAAACUUCAGAUAAUGAAAGUGCAGCUAUUCCACCAAAUGUGUCUAAAUGGAUUUUCUUGGGUGCUAUCUUGAUCUCCUUUUUAUUAUUAUUUUGGGAUAUUCGAAAAUCAAGAAUGAUCAUUGCCUCUAGGGAUAUAUCAUGGGCUUUUACUUCAGUCAUUGCUAGUCGAUAUUACAGUGUAAAAGAUUAUAAAUACUAUUGUUUAUUUUGGAAAAUCAAUAGUUCAAGAAAAUUUGUUGAUGGUGUGGCAUUUUUUGUCUUUUUUACUUUGAAAGGUUGGAAACGACUUUUAUUGGCUGAAGCUCCAAGACAAGUUAUCAACGUCGUCACUUUGAAGGCAUUGAUUCCUAAAUGGAUUCAAUUACGUAAUGGUACUUUACAAGUCGACAAUACUGCUCUUGGAAAAACUUUGAUUCAACAAAUUAUGACUGGUACAAUGGCUUUCUCUGUUCUCAUGUUUGCAAUCUCUUUUCUUAUGGUGUGUGCUGCUACUAUUGUAUACAUUCCUCUAUUAUGCCACAUUCAAGGUAAUCUGAAAGAAUAUUGUUGUCACAAGGUCGAUAAAAGAAUUGCCUAUUUACUUCGAAAACAAGCCAAGAAACGUGUCAAUGGACUUCAUCAGAAAAACAAAAAGGAUGAUAUUGAAAUGAAAUCAUUUCCUCAACCAACUUUACCACAAAUCAAUGAUAAUAAUAAUAAUACUUAUCUAUCUAGUGGUCAUGGAUAUCAACAACAAUAUGGUAUAGAUGAUGGAUCAAGGAUAAAUGGUGGUGGACGACGAUAUAGUGGAUCUUCUUAUAGUAGCAAUGAUCAACUUGGGUUAACUGCAAAUGCUCAACCUCAAGCAUGGACUCCACAACCUUAUUAUUCAAAUGACGAUACCCUUUAUCAUCAGCCACAACAAAGACAUCAUCAUCAUCAUCAUCAAUCACCACAACAUCUUUAUUCUUCACCCUAUCAAUUACAAAGUCCUCAAAUAUCGAACGCUUCUAUACCUCCUUCGCCUUAUCAAACAUACCAGCAACCUUAUUAUCAACAUCAACCACAACAAUACCAAGCACCUCAUUCAUAUUAUUAGUAUUAACUCUUACCUUCCUUAUAUAUGCAUACUAUAUACACUUGUAGAUUUCUUUUAUUACCUAUAUUACCUUUAUUAUCUUGAAUCUAAUAAAAUAAAAUAAAAAAAAAAAAGACUUUCCUUUUUUUCACAUGUUC